UGUCGAUCCUUCUGUUGCGUUCACUGACAGUCGCCGCUAACACGUUUUCUAGUACUCUACACGUCUAGAACUUUCCUGUCAGAAACACAGUACAGGUCUGCGGGCGAAACCCAUGGCAGCCGAACGCAGCUUCUCCGAUAGCUUCAUUGACGAAGAUCCACAGAAAGCUCUGGAGGCUCUUAAUGAGGCUCUGCAAGGAGAUUGCGACAAUGCUGAGUGGUUCUGCCAGCGUGCCUAUGCCCACAUACUUCUGAAAAACUACAGCAGUGCCGUUGAUGAUGCAAAGAAAGCCCAGCAGCUAAAACCCAGCUUACCGUUAGCCUUCAUGCGAACAGGAAUUGGAGAGUACCACCUGAAAAACUACGAGUCGGCACAUUCGGCUUUCACUCAGGGUCAGCAGCUGGACGAUUCUGACAAAUCAUUUGAAGUCUGGAUAAAACGAUGCGAGGAGAUGAUGGGGACUCAGACACAAAACGGCAGCGAUGCCAUGACAUCAGCUGCUCCACCUGUGAAGCACGACUGGUACCAAACAGACUCACAAGUCAUCGUCACGGUGAUGGCCAAGAACGUUCCCAAGGACGGCGUCUGUGUCAGCUUCUCAGAAAGAGAGCUUUCUGCACAGAUACAGAUGGUGUCCGGCGAGGAUUGUGACCUCCACUUCGACCUCCUGCACCCGAUCGUACCGCAGCAGAGCACCUUCAAGAUCCUCUCCACCAAGGUGGAAAUCAAGAUGAAGAAGAUGGACGCCAUCAGAUGGGAGAAGCUGGAGGGAGAAGGACAGGAGUCCAACAUCAAACACUUCAAUCCGAAUGAGUACCCGACGUCUUCCCACUACACCCAUAAGUGGGACAAGAUGGUGAUGGACAUAAGCGAGGAGGAGAAGAACGAGAAGCUGGAGGGAGACGCGGCGCUCAACAAGCUCUUCCAGCAGAUCUACUCGGACGGCUCGGACGACGUCAAGCGGGCCAUGAACAAAUCCUUCAUGGAGUCUGGUGGUACGGUCCUGAGCACCAACUGGGGCGACGUCGGCAUGAGGAAGGUGGACGUGAAGCCACCAGACGACGUGGAGUUCAAGAAAUACUGAAUGUUCCCCUGCGUUCCUUUUUUCUUUUCUUUUCUUUUUUUUUAAACAUCGUCUUUCUACACAUUUGCCCACCUGAGCUCCUUCAGGAUCCCUCGUUGCUCGGUCGUCUGCACAGCGGUCUGCUCUUUAGCCUCCUUCCUCCAGGAGACGCUGCAUUCCCAUUAUCUCUCCACCCUAAACCAAGCUAAUCAACUGAUUUGGUUUGAAAUGCAAAUGAUCUGUUUUUUGUUUGUUUGUUUUUUUUUAAGAGGUCGACGGACUUGAAAAGGGAAUCGGUAGACCUGAAAUGCAGCGAUUCAGCCUUCAGAUGAGUUUUCUCUAAACAGCCACAGCCUUUCUGUUUGGAAGCCUUUUCACAAUUUGCCGUCUUCAGCAGAGUGUAAAAAAAAUUUACAAUUGCUUAGGAUAAGAACUACAAGUGAAACUUUUUUUUUUUUUCUUCCUGUGAAGAGUCUGCACCAGUGCUCUGUUUCUUGACUCGUCUGCCGAUGGCUCAGCACCUGGCGUUCCAUCAGUGUGACUCGAGCCUCAUUGUAAAUAAAAAAAAAAUUCUUGUUUGGGCUGUAAA